CACACAAAAUGGCGGCGCGCACGAGAACGAGAUUUUUGAUAAACAAGUUCAAAGAGUCGGUUUGUUUUAUUCAGCGACGGAAUCGCGUUAAAACCAAAUGGGCGAGCACGAGAGCCAAACUCCCCGCGUCGACCCUGGCUCUGCAGCACUUCGACGCCGUGUAUAAGAACUACUUUGGCGAGCUGUGGCCCUCCGUCCGCGUCUCCAUGCUGUCCGAGCAGAAAUACGGAGCCCUGAUCAACAACUUGGCCUCAAACGCAGACGUGAUCUCAGCGUUACGAUCGGGAGGCUGCAGGGAUUUCAUCAGAGAACCAGACACGCACGAGACUUCAGAUCAAUCUCAGCUAAAUGAUGAUCCUUGUACAGAACCGCCGCAUAUUCACUCAGACAUCCAGUGUUUCGUCUUCCCCAGAGGGGACAUCUCGCGAUUUAAACCCGCCAGACCAGACAGCGCAGGAUUGCUGAGUUAUUAUCUCCUGGAUGCAGCUUCCGUUCUGCCCGUGUUGGCGCUGGACGUCCAGCCGGGUCACACGGUUCUGGACCUCUGCGCCGGCCCCGGAGGGAAGACGCUCGCUAUUUUGCAGACGCAAGCCGUCCGAUUUCUGUGGGCCAACGAUUUGUCCGGGUCUCGCGUGACCCGGUUACAGAGGACGCUCCAGAACUACGUGCCCAAGGAGCUGAGACACGAGGACAAGAUCCGGGUCACGUCGCUUGAUGGACGCAAAUGGAGGAAUAUGAAAGACCUUGAAUUUGACAGAGUGUUGGUGGAUGUCCCCUGUACCACAGACAGACAUUCCCUAAUGGAGGAUGAGAACAACAUCUUCAAAAGGUUCAGGACUAAAGAGAGACAGACGCUUCCUUUACUGCAGAUUGAACUUCUGCUGGCGGGGCUCCAGGCGACUCGUCCGGGCGGACAGCUGCUCUACUCCACCUGCUCUCUGUCUCAGCUGCAGAACGAGUGUGUGGUGGAGCGGGCGGUCAGUCUCGCUCAGCAGGAGAUGGACAUCACGGUGCAAGUGCAGGACCUCAGCAGCUUCGCUCGACGCUUCUCGGACACGUUCCGCUUCGCCCCUCAGCCUGCGAUCGGGGAACUCGUCCUCCCGCACUUGUGCGCAAACUUUGGGCCAAUUUAUUUGUGCAAACUGCAGCGUGUCAGCUGAAGAGGACCAGGUUCACACAACUUCACAACUUCAGCUGAAUGCAACACCGCCCUCUGGUGGAGAAAUUAAAAUGUGUUUUCAAAUAACUAAAGACUGGUCAAAGUUUGAAAGGUCAGAUAUUACUUGCACACCAUAUGACACAGUUUAAAUUCAUGAGGAAAUUAUUUUGAUAUUAGACUACCACUGAAUCUGAUAGACGACUCUAUCUUGGUAUCUGAUCAUCCGAGCGAACUUUUUUAACAUCUGUGGCGGGUUUACAUCUAAAUCAUAAAGGAUGAUGACGAAAAGAAGGACUGUUUUUGAAUUAUCAGAGUAUCAAUCAGUCUCCUAUCUUCUUAUAUUAUUUAAUAGAUUAUUUAAAUUGGAAUUCUCUUUAUUUCAAAAUAAUGUAUGUCUGAUUGUCGCAUUGAUUUAUUUCAGUUGUUGCCUUUUUUAAUAAAAUAAAUCGAUCCAGAUUGUCAGAUCGUUACACCGCACAGUAGCAAUCGUAUUUAUUCACAAUAAUUCAACCUUCCACGUCGUUAGUUUAUUUAUUACAUUAUUAGUCUGUGCAAAAAAUAGUAAAAAUAAAAUUUUGAAACGAAACAAAAAAAAAUUAUUAUAAUUCACAUAAUGGAUUUAUUGUCUCUGAAUGAGAGACUCAAAUAUUUAGAUUUUUUUUUAACCAAACAUUGACUCAUGCUUUUUGUGAACUUCCCACUCUUAAACUUGUCUUUAAGACACAGUCUAAUCAUGACAUAUAAUUCAGUCUUGAAGAUACCAAAAAAAGUGACACCAUCACACUUUUUUUUUCUAUGUGUGUUGGAAUAGGAGAGAAACCUACCACGUUUGAAAGAAAUAGUAAUAUCAGUUUUUCUAUAAAUUCAAAUCAUUUUUAAUCUUCAAAUGAUCAGUAAUUCUCUCUUUGACCUGUAGAUGGCGAUAUGAGAUAGUUUUUUUAUUUCUUAAAUCUAUUUACUGUGCUCUUUCCAAAGAGCUGUACAACACUAAUAACAGUAUUAUUUCUUCACUUGGAAUCAAUGAAAACUUUUCCGUGUGCCUUAAAGUAGUUUAAUUACAUUUAAAUUGUAUUUAUUAAAUUAAACAGUUUCCUCCCACAGUUUAAGGACCUGCAGACUAGUCUAAUUGGCGUUUCCACAUUGCCCGUAGUGUGUGAAUGAGUGUAUGUGUGUGUGCCCUGCGAUGGAUUGGCACACUGGUCCAGGGUGUAUCUCCUCUCCUGCCCUAAGUCUCCUGGGAUAGACCGCAGG